AUGGAGCAAUUGGGGAAUUUAUUAUUUUUUGCUUCCAAUUCAAAAUGGAAGUCGUAAAAACAAGUUAAUAUUUUAUUAAUGAUUCAUAGAGUAAAUCAAAGAUAAAAACCUUAAAAAAUUAGUCAAAUCAGAGUGAGCUUCUCAAGAGAUAGUCAAUUACUAUUCUCUAGUAUUUUUAUACAAUGUUUAUAGUUUAGAUAUUGCAUGAAUUAAAGUACAAAUUGAUUAAAUACCUUAAAGUGCAUUAGUAUUUAAUGUUUUGAUUCAAUAAAAAUUAAAGUUAAUGGAAGUUUUAUAAUAUUUGGCCUCAUUUAGUAGAGGUAAAAUAGUCAGCUUUUGUGGAUCAUUAUGAUCAUGAAUUCAGCUGUAAUUGUGAUCUUUAAGUAUAUGAUGAAGUUAUGAAAUGUAUUAAAAUUGAAUAUACUACAAUCUACUCUGGUAUUUAUGAUAAUGGUGUAAUAAGAUAUAUUAAGGAAAAUAUGAUGAAUGGAAUCAUAAGUAAUUUUCAUUUGACACUAAUGAUCUAUCAAUAUAUUUAAAAAGUUAUUACUUAUAACUAGUGCUUUUUGUAUAAUAAAAGUAUUCUCAAUCCAAGAUGCAACUCUAUAAACUAUCUAAACUUUAUAAGGAUAUUAUAUAUUUAGGAUGAUUUUUAUAAUACGGGUUAUAUUUUUCUUUGGGAUCUUCAAAAAACUAAAUUAUUAUAUUUAAAAAAGAUUAUUUUGAUGAAUUUAGAUAAUCAUAUUUUACUCUUGAUUAGAUUUUUGUAAUAAUGUUUAUUUUAUGAAAGGAUGUCUAUGAAUUACUAGUAUUGA